AUGGCACCUACCGAGUCUGCACGUUCCGCCUUGAGUUCCUUCACCUGCACCCUCUGCAAUAAGUCUUAUUCCCGCCAUCCAGAAUACGAAGCGCAUAUCUCUUCAUAUGACCAUCAGCAUCGCAAACGUCUCCAGGAUCUGAAACAGUUGUCGCGGGACCCAAAUGCCGCCGAGAAAGCAAGGCGAGCGGAAAAGAAAGCCGACGCAGAAGCUGGGCUAAGAGUAAUCGACACUAAUAAAAAUGGGGCAUCUCAAGGGACAGGAAUGGCGAGCGGCGGCGGCGGCGGCGGCGGAGGGGGAGGAGGUGGUGGUAGUGGCGGCGCCGUCGGCGCCAGCAGUGCCGGAGGCUUCAAGAAAGGCGGAUUCAAGAGCUCCUUUACAGCAGUUAAAGGCCCUGUAGCACCUAUAGCACCGACAAGGAAGAACGUGCUUGGGGAUGAGGAUGAGGAUGAAAACCCAGAUCUCGCAGAUACAGGUGAACGAGCUGGUGUUCCGUCACCGGGUCCCACCGGCGGUAUCCAUCAUGAGCCCGCAGAAAGCGACACUGACGAAGAGAAUAUGCAUGCCACGCUGCGUGGCGACUACUACGACCCUCGCAGACCCACCGACUGCUGGUCCGAGUGUGUCGGUGCUAGGACUGUUGAGACUACCUCUCCCUUGCUAUGA